UGGCUGCUAACCAGUGUGUACUCGGUACCUAUUGCUCAACACUGUGUAAAAUUUAUCGCUGUAAGAUUUUGAUAAAAUUAUAUAUAUUUAAAUCAGAUACAGCGAAGUGGCGUUUUUAAAAUAUACAUAUAAAUUUAAAAUUACAUUAACAUAGUUCACAAAACAGUGGCUUUGUGUUAGUUUGUGUUAAAAUCUUAUGGUGCGGAAGAAAUAACUUUGAAGAUGAAUAACACUUUAAGAACACCGAAAACAACGCCUAUAACGGACGAUUAUGAUAUCUCAAACACGGUCCUCGGCCUCGGAAUUAACGGAAAAGUCGUGGAAUGUCAUGAAAAGAGUACAGGUGUUAAGAGAGCUUUGAAGGUUCUGCAUGACAGCACUAAAGCCAGGAGAGAAGUUGAGCUGCAUUGGCGAGCAAGCGGUUGUAUACACAUAGUGGAGAUAAUAGACGUGUAUGAUAACACGUACGGUGGUAAGAGAUGUCUGCUGGUCGUGAUGGAGUGUAUGGACGGUGGAGAGCUGUUCCAGAGGAUCCAGGACAAUAGAGAAGGAGCCUUCACGGAGAGACAGGCCGCUGAGAUCAUGCAUUCGAUAUGCGUAGCUGUUAGACAUUUGCACGACUCGAACAUAGCUCAUAGGGAUAUAAAACCGGAGAAUCUUCUGUACACCAGCAUGGAACCGAACGCGGUUCUAAAGUUAACCGACUUCGGUUUCGCCAAAGAAACUCUGAACCACGCUGAUACCCUGCAGACACCGUGCUACACUCCAUACUAUGUGGCACCGGAGGUGUUGGGUCCGGAGAAGUAUGAUAAGUCAUGUGAUAUCUGGUCUCUGGGUGUUGUGAUGUACAUCCUGCUCUGCGGUUUCCCACCAUUCUAUUCAAAUCACGGUUUGGCUAUAUCGCCUGGGAUGAAGAAGCGCAUCCGUCUUGGUCAGUAUGAUUUCCCUGAACCGGAGUGGUCCAAUGUGUCGGCUGAAGCUAAAAAUCUCAUUAAGGGCAUGCUGUCUGUGGAUCCCACCAAGAGACUGUCUAUACAGCAGGUGAUGUCCAGCCCCUGGAUACGUCAAUUCACUCAGGUUCCACAGACGCCAUUAUACACACACACACUGCUACGUGAAUCUGGAGACGCCUGGGCGGAUGUCAGAGACGAAAUGACCAGGUCCCUAGCCACCAUGAGGGUAGACUACGAUCAGGUCCAAAUCAAAGCUCUCGAACAGAGCAACAAUUCGCUUUUGAACAAGCGCAGGAACAAAGUGGGCGCUUGAAGCGUAACUUGCGACAUCUAGUGCCAAUGUUGAGUAUCAAAAAACAAGAUCAUCAUUGAUUUACGUAUAUAUGUAAAAUUAAGUAUUUUUUUGCCUUGAAAUAUUCAAAAUUAUAUAUAUAUAUACAUAUAUAUAUAUAUAUUCUGUUCAA